AAAUAUAUUUAUUCUUUUUCUUUUUUGGGUGGACUAGUCUUUGAUUAUAAGAGGCCGUGGAGUGAAUCAUCCUUCUCAACAUAGAUCUUAAUGUGUAAGCAUUUGUCAAGUUAGACCUCCCAUUCUAAGUGCCAAAAUUUCCGAAUAAAGUAUUUUUCUUUUUUUCCUUUUAUUUUAGGCGCUAUAUACAGUGCCCUGCAAGGUAAAUGGUUACUUCCUCCCCGUUCAGAUUGUGGAAGCAGUAGAAAUGGCAGCUACAAACCUUGCAGCCCGUGGAAUAGUUCUGGAAUCGCUUACAAGAGACAAUUACGACAACUGGAGUGCUCUUGUGAAGAACUAUCUAAUGGGUGAAGGUCUGUGGGGCGUUGUCACGUCUGUUUCAGAAAUUAGUGCGAAACCUAAAACUGAUUGUGAGAAUUGGAAGAGGGAAAAUGCCAAGGCUUUGCAUAUCAUUCAGCUAGCAUGUGGUUCAGAGAUUCUUAAUCAGAUUAGACAUGUUGAAACAGCAAAAGAAGCUUGGAACAGAUUGGGCGCGUUAUACAGUUCACAAUUAAAAGGCGAUCCAGAUAUUGAGCAAGGUUUCGUGGACGAUACUCUCCAUGAAUAUAAACAGCUGCACAGAUAUGUGGAGAGUGGUGAUUGGAAAAAUGCAAAAUCAAUCAUCUAUACGGACGACACGGCCAUAUUUUCCACGUCCUCCACGGGUAGAACUGUUCUUCAUAUUGCAGUAAUUGCUGGGUACGAAAACAUUGUGAGGGAGUUAGUGAAGAAAGGGAAAGAGAAAUUAGUAAAAAUGCAAGACAACUGUGAUUACACUGCUCUUGCUCUCGCUGCUGAAUUAACUGGAAAUCAUAAGAUUGCAAAGUGCAUGGUGGAUCCCAAGAAGGGAGGGAAGGAUCUGCUAACCAUGAAGACCAAAGACGCUGAAAUUCCCGUUCUUCUUUCUGCUGCCAAGGGACACAAAGAUAUGACUCGCUAUCUUUAUUCUCAAACUUCUUUAGACCAGUUCCGAAACAAAAAUUCCCACAACGGCCUUUUGCUUCUUACACGAUGCAUCACCGCUGAAAUAUUUGAUGUGGCUUUGAAUUUAAUCCAUCGUAUUCCACAACUGCCUCUAAUCCAUGAAUCCGAUGACCUACGGCCCUUAUACGCAUUGGCACGCAUGCCUUCUGCAUUCCCUAGUGGCUGCGGAUUUGGACGUCUCCAACAAUUCAUUUAUAAUAUUUUAAUAUUAGAAAAACAAGAGCAGCAAAAAUUGUGCCGAAUUGUGCCAGAUAUUGCUCAAGUAGAAUGCCAUGCUCAAGCAGAAGCCUCAUAUGUUGAUCUAGAGGAACUAGAGAAAGGCCAACAUAAUUCGAAUGCCUCCUUCGCAGGAAGGCUCUAUGGUCUGAUUUUGGAUUUGCCACCCGUAAAGCUCUUAGGUGGACUGCUUAUAUUCGUUUAUCUGUUGUUUCAAAAUUAUAUACUUUUAAAGUUCUCUUCUGGAAUCAAGGAACUAUAUGAACAGAAAAAGACCCACCAUCUAGUUCUUAAAAUACUGAAGUGCUUGUGCGAAAGAAUUUCGGAUUACAAGGAAUCACAGCUCCAAGAGGCUUCAGCGUAUGAUGCGAUGUUGCAGGCAGCAACGCUUGGAAUUACCGAGUACAUAGAUGCAAUGAGGAAGGCUAAUCCUGACCUCUUAUGGGCCAUCGACAAGAACAAGAGAGGCAUAUUUUCGCAUGCAAUUCUCAAUCGUAGAAAAGAUGUCUUCCGACUCAUAAACCGUGUCAAUGGACGGAAGGAGAUCAUCAAAUGUCGUGCAGACGCGUUUGGCAACAACCUCUUGCACUUGGCAGCAUAUUUAGGGCCUUCAUCCGAUCUCGAUCGUAGAUCCGGUGCUGCUCUUCAAUUGCAAAGGGAACUUCAAUGGUUCAAGGCUGUUGAGAAUAUAGUGCAUCCCAAGUGUAAGGAAGAGAAGAAUUCAGAUGGUAAGAAGCCCCGUGAAAUAUUCAGUGAAAGCCACGAGGAGAUGGUGAAAGCUGGUGAGAAAUGGGCAAAAGACACAGCUAGUUCUUUCACUCUUGUGGGUACUCUCAUCACUACUAUCAUGUUUGCGGCGGCUUUUACCGUUCCCGGUGGAAACAAUCAAGAUACUGGAGUACCCGUCUUCUUGCACGACCAGAUAUUCACUUUGUUUAUCAUAACAGAUACAUUAUCUCUCUUUACUUCUUCCACUUCAGUCCUGAUCUUCAUUGGGAUCCUCACGUCGCGUUAUGCUGAGAAGGAUUUCCUCAAGACAUUGCCGUUGAAGUUACUUUGCGGCCUUGUGACACUUUUCUUGUCUGUGGUGGCAAUGAUGAUAGCAUUUUGCGCUUCACUUGCUAUGAUGCUGAAGGGAAGUCAGCGACUCAUAAUAGCAGCCAUGUCACUUGGGAGUAUUCCAGUUAUUGUAUUAGUACCGUCACAACUUCGCCUCUUCCUUGAGAUUUUCAAUUCUACAAUAUAUGCAAGAUAUAUCAAGUGAAAUAGUGUCUUAGUAGAUAUAUUGGGACAAGUAGUACGUGACUGAGGCAAGUGAAUUCUGCGCGCAAGAAAUAAUUAUAUAUUGUCGUAAUAGCAGUUUAUUAGAUUAAUUAGAGAUACACUAGCACAUCAUCAUAUAUCUGAUUAAGCCUGUGUGGCUGUGUUUGUUUGCACUUGGUUGCAUCUUAUGGUAUUUUGCACGUCAAUAGGGUCCAUUACUGUCAAACAUUGAACUAAUCAUGAACUAAGCCAAGCUAAUGCAUGUAUCUCCUUCUUCAAAAGGUUAACUGUGAAAAUAUCACUGCCUUUAAAAAAUAUUAGUGUAAAUUAAGUAUCGUUUGAUGUUGCCUA